GCGUUUAUGGCGUGAGUGGUGUAGAGUUUGAUCAGCUUUAUGCGAAAUACUCGUGAGGGUGCAGUUUCACACUUGCCUAUAUAGUUUCUUCCAUUUGAAGCUCAAUUCUUCCCUGGAUAGGAGCAAGGAGGAGAACACAUCCAAUCAUGGUAAAUGCUUCUGCAGUUGCAUCAUCAAACCAGGCAAAAGAUACUGGAGACUUUAAAAAAUUGAGAAGAAGUCAGCUUGGCGGCGUUAUAUUUGGUUGCACGAAUAAAACUAUAAGAGAAUGUCUCUCAAAACAACUAUUUGGUUUGCCAGUUCUACAUUUUUCAUAUGUGCAGAAUGUAGAUUCAGGCUUGCCAUUAUUUUUGUUCAACUACAGUGAUAAAAAGCUACACGGCAUCUAUGAAGCUGCAGGCCCUGGUCAAAUGUAUAUCGAUCAAUAUGCUUGGACGUCAGAUGGUUCUGUCCGAACUCCUUAUCCUGCACAGGUUCAAAUACGUGUACGUCUGCUCUGUCAACCACUGCUAGAAAAUCAGUUUAAACCAGUAAUUAAGGAUAACUAUUAUGGUCAGAACCAUUUCUUGUUUGAGUUAGAUCACGUUCAAGCUGGUAAAUUAAUCUCCAUAUUCUCGUCUAGUCCAUUUCCUUCAAGUAGUAUCCCAUCACAAAACUUUGCAAAACAGAGAAGUAUAUUCCAAGGUUUACCUGCCAAUGACAAAAGAGAGGAAAAUGGACAUUUUCUGUCACGAGAUAAUUUUGCCUACUCAUCUGGUUUGAAUGGGAAAUUGUGGACUAGAGACACUUCUCCUCUUCAUUCAAAUGGUAACCAGCAGCCGGAGGUACUAUUAGAUAAUCAGGCAGAAUUGGAUGAAAAGGAUCUGAUGUACAUAAAGCUUAGAGAAAUGUCUCUUCAGCGUGAAUUCUCACGUGGCAUUACAGAUGGGCCUUCAAAUGAAGCCACCACUGCAGUCGUACCUGCGUCGAUAAAUCAAGCAAUCAUUGGGCAAGAAACUUUGCAGGAAGAGCUGCCACUUGGAGAAGAGCAGAAUGUAGACUGCUCCGGUGACUCAACUGGUUAUGCAUCUGUUAUAGCUCAGCUUCUUCAAGAAAUGGAAAAAGAAAAGCUUAAAAGGGAUAAUUUGGAGCGGAGGAUGGCUCGUGUAGAACAAGAGAUUAAACAGUUAACAUAUAAAUGUAUGAUGCUGGAGUCCUCAAAUACUGUUUGUACACGUGCUGAUGAAAUGAUUAUGGACCAUACUGAUGAUGCACACCUGAAGCAUGAGAUGAUUUUCCUAACUGGAGGAUAUGAUGGUGUGUCAUGGUUAUCUGCAUUGGACUCGUAUUUGCCUUCAUUCGAUGUGUUAAAGUCACUAAAACCAAUGAAUUCAGUCCGUGCAUAUGCCUCGGUUGCAAAGCUGAACGGAGAAUUUUAUGUAUUUGGUGGUGGAACUGCAACCGUGUGGUACGACACAGUUGAAUCGUAUAACACAGCUGAUGAUGAAUGGACUGUGUUACCUUGUAUGAAAGAGAAAAAAGGUAGCUUAGCUGGUGCAGCUUUGAAGGACAAAAUAUUUGCAGUUGGUGGUGGAAAUGGGAUUGAAAGUUUUUCACAGGUUGAAAUGUAUGAUCCUCAAGUAGGACGAUGGAUCAAUACACAAUCCAUGUUGCAGAAGAGAUUUGCUCUUGCUGCGGCAGAACUUAAUGGGGCAUUAUAUGCUGUUGGUGGAUUUGACGGAAGCGAUUACCUGGAGACUGCUGAAAGAUUUGAUCCCAGAGAACAUUCCUGGUCAAAAGUUGGAAGUAUGAGCACAAAAAGAGGAUGCCAUUCGUUGGUUGCCUUGAGCGGGAAGUUAUAUGCACUUGGUGGCUACAAUGGAUCUACAAUGGUGCCUAGCGUUGAGAUAUAUGACCCCCGUCUAGGAACAUGGAUAGUUGGUGAGCCAAUGAACCAUUCAAGGGGAUAUUCAGCUGCUGCUGUUCUAAAGGGAUCCAUUUAUGUCAUUGGUGGGGUUCAGUCCAAUGAGGAGAUAGUAGACGUGGUUGAAUGUUACGAGGAGGGUGAAGGUUGGCAAAUGCCUAGCUUGAGGGCUAUUGGGAAAAGGUGUUUCUCCUCCGCUAUGGUUUUAGAGGAAGACUGAACUCUGCUUUGAUAUAGAAGCUGAUCUGGAGCUAUAGGAGGUGGUUUCUUCAUAGAAUCUAAUGCCAUCCUUUGUCCGGCAGUAUUUAUAUCUAUUAUUUUGAAUUUGUGGAUAAGAUUUGUAUCUGUUCCUUCUGCAUUUUGUUCAUACAAGCUUGAAGGAGUUUUCUCAACUUUUAGUAGUAGUAAAGUGAUUUCUCUUUGCUGGAAAACAGUAAAUAAU